GCUGCUCCUUGUCCAGGAUCACAGCUGCUGAGAUUGAAGUGGUACAGGAAUACACAGAGAUUAUGGAGCCACUAGCCCAGUCCCUAGAUAUCCUGCAACGGGAGAACGGCAUGUUCAUGGGGUAUUUGCUACCAAUGCUCUGCAAUCUGGACCGCAAGUUAGAAGGACUGGAAAACAAACCUGAGAGGUACACAUACUGUUUUCAGCUGCUGAGAGGUGUGCGCGAAGCCCUAAGAAAGCAGUUUGCAGCUAUCUGGGAGGACAAGAGGCUUCUUCUGGCAGCCUGCCUACACCCUCGCUUCAAACUAGAUUGGCUGGAAUUGUGUCAGGCCGCCACCCAUACCAACAAAUACACAAUGGAAGCCUUGUUGAAAGCUGAAAUAAAGAUGGGUGUACUUAAUGAGGACAGUGAUCAGUCUUCAGAUAAAGACCAGGAAGGAGAUGACUUAGAAGAUGACUUCUUUAACUUUCUGCCCCAGGGCAAGAAGUCAGCAGUGGACACUGCUGAGGAGGAACUGGUGAGGUACCUGAGGUCUCCCAGCAGGGAAGUGUCAUCACUCCAUGGCUUUCCACGUGUGCUGCGGUGUUUUUUGCAGCACAACACAGGCAUGCCUUCAAGCGCCGCAGUAGAACGCCUGUUCAGUACUGGUGGCAAUGUAAUGACUGUAAAAAGACAUUCCUUGUCUAACAUGCUCUUUGAGCAUCUUGUUCUUUUGAGACAUAACAGAAACAUAUUAUAAAAGCACUUCAAGUGUAAAAUUUGAUUUCAAGAGUUGGGGUAUCUUCAUUGCUUGGGGGGAUGUGAGAUUCUGUU